GACAGCCAACGCUGCGGCGUGAAGAAGUAGAUCUGUUUCCGGUUCCGGACCAGCAGUAUCCUCUGGAAAGGAGAAAUGUUGUCUCGGUUCUCGCGGUUCGGGCUCGCUUUGCCCCGAACCCUCUCCGCUCCACCGGCCCGGUUCGUGUCCCAGACCAAACCGAGCAGCGCCACCGGUUCGGCGGCGGUGACCGAGCUGCACCGCCGCGAGGAGAGUUCGGACCACGGUGAGGUCAGCCCGUAUGUCAAGAAUCCUGAAUAUCAUGGCUUCUCCGACGACCCGGUGGAGGAUGAGUGGAACAUGAAGGUCGGCUUCUUCUUCGGUGUCUCGGUGGCUCUCGUUAUCGGAGGAACGUACCUUCACUAUUUACCAGAAGCCGGAAUGCGUUCCUGGGCCAGGAGGGAAGCCGAGCAGCUGAUCCUGCUCCGAGAAAAGGAAGGCGUUCCGCUCAUCGGGGAAAACUACUACGACACAAACAAAAUCAUCCUGCCGUCCUCUGAGGACAAAUAAUCCACUCUGGUCUCACUGCUGUAAAUCUCUAUGGUAGAAUAAAUAAUCUCAUUGGAUUGUGUAAAUA